AAGCUGCAGAUUCAAGCCAGUCAACACAAAACUGCCAGCAUGGCAGCGAAACACUUCUACCGACAGGGCUUUUUAUUACUUUUAUUUAAUUUUAUUUCCACCGCAGCCUUGGAGAAAAGGUUCUCCGACUUAAAAAGAUGCGCCGAUGAGGAGUGCAGCAUGCUCCUGGUUCGAGGGAAAGCUGUACAGGACUUCUCUGGACCAGACUGUCGGUUCCUGACAGUUAAGAAGUCAGAAACGAUCUAUGUUUACUAUAAAUUAUCCGGAAGAAGGGCUGACUUAUGGGCAGGAAGUGUCGGAAGUAGCUUUGGCUAUUUCCCGAUGGGUCUAAUGGCAGUAAACCACAUUUAUACUGACAAAGAAAUUGAAGUUCGAGCAGAGGAAACAGAUUUUGUCUGUUUUGACACUGGAUUUGAUAAGUUUAAUAGUUAUGACGUAGAUUUACUGUUAGGAUCUUCAGUGGCGGAGGAUAAUAGUGAUAAUAAGGGAUCGUCAGACCAAACAGAGCAUCAUGAUAACCCUGGGCCCCUCCAUGAUGAAAUCCCAGAUGAUGAAAGUGCCUCUUCACGCGAACUUGACAGGACAUCUGAAUCACCUACAGAAGUAGAACAGACGGAUACACCGCAUGCUACUGAAAGAGGUGAAGAUAGCACAGGAGAGAAUGGGGCUCUUGAAACUGAAGUCCCAAAUAUGAGUGACACCAAAGACACAGCCACAGAAACUGUAGUGGUUGUUACAGAAAAGGUCUCGAUAUCAGAAGGAAGUCAGAUCCCUGAGUUAAAAACCACACUUGGAACUACGUUUGAUGCUGUCAUCUCUGAUGAAGAAGUUACCAAGAAAGUUACACCAUAUGAUGACGAGGAGGAAAGCCCAGAUGUGGAAAGUGCUCCAGAUGAUGACAUUGGUCUAAUCGAAGAAACUCCACUUUUGUCGUAUUCUGAAGAGACUAAAAACACUCCAGCAGAUCAUUUAGUGGAAGUUUCUGAAGGUGUGCAAAUCCCUCCAUUAAAAACUACCCUUGGAACAACUUUUGAUGCCGUCGUCUCUGAUGAAGAAAUCACCAAAAAAGUCACCCCAUAUGAGGAAAGUGAAGAUGAAGAGAUACCGCCAAAAGAUGAUAUCGACCUGAAUGAAGAAACUCCGCUGUUGUCUUACUCUGAAGAGGAAGUAAACACUCCAGCAUCUGAGUCAGCGAAAAUAUCUGAAGGCAAGCAAAUCCCCAAAUUAAAAACUACAAUUGGAACAACUUUUGAUGCUGUCGUCUCUAACGAAGAAAUCACUAGGAAAGUUUCUCCCUUUGAGGAGGAGGAAAGCAAAGCAGUAGAACGUCCAUCAGAAGAGGACAGUGAUGUUAAAGAAGAAACUCCACUGCUGUCUCUUUCUGAAGAAACUCCAGAACCUUAUUCAGACAAAAUAUCUGAAGGAGUUCAAAUCCCUGAUUUAAAAACUACCUUGGGAGCAACUUUUGAUGCCGUCAUCUCUGAUGAUGAAAUCACAAAGAGAGUUACCCCAUAUGAAGAGGAGGAAAUUGAAGGCACAGAAAGGCCUCCUAAAGAUGACGUUAAUGUUCAAGAAGAUACUCCUUUGAUCUCUUUCACUGAAGAAACAGAAGACCCUCCACCUUAUUCAGACAACAUCUCUGAAGGAGUGCAAAUCCCCAAGUUAAAAACGAGCAUUGGAACAACUUUUGAUGCCAUAGUUUCUAACGAGGACACAACCAAGAAAACUACUCCUUAUGAAGAAGAGGAAAGCAAGAAUGUAGAUAAUCCUCAAAUGGAUAACGUAGAAGUUAAAGAAGAAACUCCACUGUUGUCUUUCUCUGAGGAAGCCUUGGACACUCCAUCAUCGGAUUCCCCCAAAGAGGAGAAGAACAUAUGGACAACAUUUGGGGAUGCUGUUUUUUCAGUUGUCACUGGGGGAGAAAGGACGGCUCAAGAUUUUGGUUCAGAGGAAGACGACGACGAUGAUGAUGAUGAUGAUGAAGAUGAGAUAGAAGAAGCUGCUUCAGAACCCCCUACGAUGUUUAAAGAAGCCAAGGAAAACAUUAAAGAACCACCAUCAGAAGAAGCAUCAAAGGACCCAGAGGACAAAGAUGUGGUUUUUGCAGAUCCUUCUAAUACAGAUGCUGUACAGUCAAAUGAUGAUGAUGACGAUGAUGAAGAAGUGGUAGGACCAGAGGAAACCUUUCAACCAACCGAUGAGCAAAUACACCAUCAAGCAGAGAAAAGUAUGACGUCAGAUGAUCUGGAACCUCAAGAUGCCAUUCCUAAGGCUCAAGAAUUGGAUAUUAAAACAAUAAAUGAACACUUUGAAGCCACAGAGCAAGAGGAGGUCAAUAAUGAGAAUGCGGGUGUACAGGAUCGUGUUCCAACAGAGAGAAGUGAAGAUUUGGAAAAGGAAUUGACUGAAAACAAAAUAAUGGCAGAUGAGGAACUAGCCAGUACUGAAACUGGAAGGAAUCUGCAACCAGCCAUAGAAGAAAUUCACUCAAAGAAUUCUGACAUCCAAGAUGAUGAAAAGAAAGUAUAUGACAGCACACGUAAUCAGAAACGCAAACAUUUGGGGACAGAUUUAGAGAGUAAUAACAGCCAAGCAGAGUUUUGGCCUUUAUUACAACCAGAGAUUCAAGAGGAACCACUCCAAGAGAAGUUGGAAGAAGAGCACAACACAGAGACAGCAGGGGAGAAAGAAGAAUUACUUGACGAUGAAAAUGCACUUUCUUUUUCACAAUCUGACAACUCUGACAAACUUUCACCUGAAGAAGCUGAUCCCAGUGCGUCUGCUUCAGAGCCAGAGUACAGCGAUAGCGUGAUGAGACUGACUCUGAUUCGAAACCACUUCACGGAGGAGAAAAUGGAGAAGAUCCAAAAGCUUCUGGGUCUCAAGAAUCUCUUCAAAAUGGAGGCCAUGUUCUCCGACUUGGACACAGAAAUGAAGGCGACGCGCCUCUCAACCACUGGAACUAUGCAAGAUAUCGAGAGUUCACUUGAGGGCAUCCUGGAAGCCUCUGAGAACACCAUCCUGGAUGAGGUCGAGAAGAUGCUGGACAGUUGGGAGACAAAACACAACUACGAGCAACAUAAAGAUACAAGUAGUUCGGAUGAAGCGACGGAAAUACUCGAUGACUUCCAGGAACUUGCAUUCAGCCUUCGCCAGAAGUAUUCGACAGCCAGUGACAGCACUCCCUUAGCAAAAGAAAAAGCAUCAGAAUCCGUCCAAGGUGAACCUGACGUAAACCAUGUCAUGCCCCAUAUUGUUGAAGAAGACAGGACAAGCAGCGUCCCUGUGGUCGAGAGCGAUAACAACCUCACAGUAACCGACCAUGACAAAAGGCCAGCUGAAACGAAAGUAGAGCAGGCAGUUUGGGAUGAGCGCCACAACGGGCGAGAUGUCAACAUGCAGGAAGAUGGUGGACACUUCAAUAAAAACAAAGACAAUCUGCCGAGCUUCAGUGCAUCGGAAGAGAUGCAGAGAGUCCCUCAAGACACCCUGGAAAAUCCCCUAGACAUGGGACUUGGUGUAGAGGUUGAACACUCAUCCUCUGGUUCCUCAGGAUCUUUGGACUCCAUGGACCCAGUUUCUGAUACUCAUGAAGAAGUGGGAUUAUUCUCAACUGGAAUGGUUUACAUGGGCUUCAUCCUUUCAUUGAUGAAGACCAAAAUGACAGAGUGGACUUCAGUGAUGAUUUCACUACUACCAGAAGAGUGGAAGCCAGGCGACACCUUGUAUGGCUGUCCUUGGCAAUCUGUUGUCAUCACUGCAUUGAUUGGAGUAGUGACCUUCACCCUCUUCUUCUGGAGGACUGUGUUGGCAGUGAAGAAGAGACAAUACCUUGUGGAUGAAAAGAAGCUAUCAGAGCAAAUGCAUGCACUCAGAAAAGAGCGGGAAGAUGCCCUCACAAAGAUGUCCGAGCUCCAGAAACAGACGGAACAGCUUAAAGAAAAAGAAAAACAGUCCAAGGAAGCAGUUAGUUGUACAGUGAAAAGAAUGCAAGACCUGGAGAGUAAGGCUAUGGAGGCCGAAACAAGAAAUCGAAAAAUAGCAGAGGAAAAGAAUAAAUACACCAAACUCCUCCAAGACGAGAGGGCAAAAUCUCUGCAGAAUGAAACCAGGAUUGAAAAACUAGAGAAGUCAAACGAGAAGCUGCAGCUCAGCAGGAAAAAGGUUCAUGAUGCGCUCUCUAAGACCACUGUGCUCCUGGACGAGGCCAAGAUCCGCGAAGAUGCCCGAAGCGUUCAUCAAAAAUGUCUGGAGAAAGAUUUUGCAGCACUAAAAGAAGAAAAUAAAACGCUCAAGGCGAACAUUAAGGGCUGGGAGGAAAAACACAAGGAGCUGAAUGAGAAAAUUAAAGUCUACCAAAAGUCCCAGAAAGAGCUGGAGGACUCUGUGGUGCUGAAAGAUCACAACGUUGAGGUGCUGUCUGAUCUUCUGGCAGACCUGGAGGCUUGUGAUUCACAAAAAGGUGACACCAAAGCUUUAGCCAAUGGAGAAGUUGCACCUGACAAGCAGACAGCCAUAAAGAACAGGAUCAAACAGAUGAUGGACGUUUCUCGGGUCCAGACCACCCUCUCUGUCGUUGAAGAAGAGCGUGAUCGCUUCAUGAACAAACUACUCAAUGAAGAAAAGAGUAGAAAGUCAAUGGAAGAACAACACCAGGAGCUGGAGCACGCAAUUGCAUCCCUAAAAAGUGACAAGAGCCAUGUGGAAAACCAGUUCAAGAUCCUGCAGCAGAAAAAUGAAAUCAUGGUGGAAAUGUAUCAGCAGAAGGAAAACGCUUUGCAGCAGAGAUUGACGAAGGAGGAGCUGGAGCGACGCAGCAAAGAGAGCAUGCUGUCUGAGGUGGGAGGAAAAGCCGUGGAGGCUGAAGAGCAGGUUAAAGUCUUAAGGCAGCGCAUUAAUGAGAUGGAGGAGCAGAUGAAGAAGACGGAGGAAGUUUAUAAAGAUCAGAUUAAAGAACAGGAAAACAAAACUCAUUCCAACUGGGUAAAUGCUCGUAACGCAGAGCGAGCUCUGAAUCAAGAGAAGCUUGAAACUUCAAAGCUCCGGGAAAAACUUGCUGUCUUGACCUCGCAGCUGAAUGAGCGCCGUGCUCCUCUCUUCAGACCAAACUCUGGACAGCCUGCAGGCCCUCGCCAAGGUGAUUCAUAUGGCCCCUCUCCUGUGAGUGGGGGUGCACCGUCCCCUCCGAUAAUGAUAGAGGGCCCCAGGCGUCCUCCCUCAGCCCCAGUGGGGCGAAGGAUUGACCCGUAUGGUCCACGACCUCCAUCAGACCCACACGGUCGUUACGCUGAAAACAAACACAUCUCUGGGAUGGACAUGAUGGGCCCCCGAAGCUCCUCGCCUGCCAACAUGGACGGAUCUACACAGGAAGUAGAUCCACAAAUAAAAGCAGAGACAGUGACUGAUGCCUCCACAGACAGUCCAGAGCCUGGCCCCGGAUCCUUCUUAGCAUCUCCGAUCAGGGACUCUCCAGGCCCAAUGGGUCAGGGACCUCCUCCUGGCCCUGGACCCCACGACCAGAUCUUCCCUCCUGGACCCCAUGGGCGACUGCCUCCUCCUGGGGCUUACAGACCUCCAAGAUCGGGACCCUACCACCUCCCACCAGGACCCCAUGGUCCUCUUCCUCCUAAUGCACCUCCUCCUCUUCAUGGACCUUCACUACCAGCCAAUGGGCACCCAGGCAUGCCUUUGUCUGGACCAAUGGGAGGAGAGUUUGGACCUCGGCCCGCCAAUGGACACACAUUCCUACCAAGGCCGGGCCCUGGACAUGUCAUUGAUCCUCGGGGUCCCCUUCCCCCACACUUCCGUCCCCCACCAUCUCAUCACUUUGGACCGAUGCCUCCUCAUGGUAUCCGUGGACCCAUGGGACCGCGUCUACCCAUGCCUCCAGACAUGCGCUUCCCAGGCCUGCGUGACCACACCAGCCCACCAAUGAACCUCCCUCCAGGUGUCCCUCCCCAUCCUGGUGACGCCUACGGUCAGGCUCCACCCGAUGCCCUCCAGAACUCAGCGCUAGCCCACAGUGGCCCCGGACAGGGCCAACAUGGGAGGCAGGAGGCCCCUCAGGACUCAGGGAGGCCAGCAAUGGUCAAGCCUUAAAAAUGCCACCAGCUGCGGCAGAGGACUUGAACUUGAAUUUACCCCCAAACUCAUUAACAACCCAGAUCCAGUCCAAACACGUAGGUCAUGAUUCAGUUCUAAAAAUAAAACUGCAAUGAUGUUUGUUGAAAAAGAAACGUGGUCCUUCAAUUAAAGCAUCAUCAAUCAUUAUGUGUCGGAAAUCGAUGUGAAUUUAAAGGGUUGCCACUUUUUUAAACAGCUUAUUGUGCAAUAAUAAUUCAUUUUACGCCAGAGGAAUUUCUGUUUUGUUGAUCUUAAAAGAAUAUAUAGCAAUGAUUUUUAAGGGGCAAUUUUUUAAAUGUCAUUUCCUGUGGAAAUUAUUUAAAAAAAGGAGGGAGCUUCUAGCAUUUCAGGAAUACCAUCAUUUUCCCAAAGCUGUUGCUUUUUGAACAGACUGUAAAGCAAAUGUGUGAUUUGAUGGCCAGAUGUAUAACUUAUUUUACUAUGUUGGUAGAAAUUUUAAUAAUAAAGAAUGUAAAAAAUGUCAGUGUUAUAUUAUCAGCUGGUUACACAAAAGCUCUGUGUACUUUCCAACAUGUCUAAACGCCUUUGCUUUACUUGGAAAAAAAAAUAAGGCAUACAUCUGCUCCCUAGCUGAAACCUUAACAAUCAGUUCUGUUAUUCAAAGUUGAUAUGUCAAUUCAUCCAAAACCUGCAUGUGCAAAACUUAGCUUCUCAGAAAUAUCUACAGACGUCAAUCACUUCUGUCCAUCUGUUUGACUUUUUGGUUUUGUAUGUUCACUUCUUAUUGGGAACGAUUUCUGCAAAACUACAACUGGAUAAAUAAAUUAAAAUGCCUUUGACUGAA